GUUCGGUGACGAAUGUGUGUGCGGAUAAAGAACAUGUAUUUUGACGCUUGAUUAGAAUAAUUUCUAUUUAAUCAGAUUGCACCGGAAAUCGGACGACACGUGAAAUUAACGCUCGUGUAUAGUAAUAUUCAAAUAGUCAUAGGAAUUGCGGUAUAUAGUACAGAAGUAUUACACGAAAAAGUGUUUUAAAUUAGUUCGUAACAAAUAACUUAAAAAUACAUAUAUACUGCAUAUCUGUUCGGGCUCAAGAUUCAGUGAAUGCGAUCCAUUCGCUGAAUUGAUUGUAAUAGACUGGUCGCCAUAGAAACAAACGCAAUAAACACUGUGAACACUUUGUUACUGAACUAUUUGAUAAAUGAACGCCGAUUUCAAUGGUACUCGUAAAGGCCAGACCACUUACUUUAGUAGUAUGUACCGUAAUUUGACUCAAUGAAUGUAAUAAUUUGUUUAAAAAAGUUAUUUACGUUAAAAUAGCUUUGUUGUUGUUAUGGCGUACUGCUUAUCAGUUUACUAUUACUCGAUAAUACACACGUGCGAACGAGAUUUCAAAUUGCGUCGGCUUACAUUGACCUUUAAGCGCCCCAAGUUAAGAGUCGGUUCGUUUUGUUCUGUAAUCUGCUGCAUAUGCACCUGCUUGCGCUUUUAUAGUGCAUAUGUAUAUGUGCAUAUCUAACACUCACAUACACGUAUGUAUGUAUGUAUGGAUGCUUGGAUAUGUAGAUUGCACAAAGCAUAAUCCAGAUGCACCCCUUUAUAAAAUAGACGCUGACAUAGUACAGGCGUACAUGUACAUAUGUAUGUGUUGUAGAAUAACAGCGACCAACAAUUUUUUCUAAAUACUCGCACAAGAGAUCUACUAUGCUCGAGUAAUUUAAAGAAAAAAAUACCUACUAAUAUAAACAUACUUUGAAUAAGUAAAUAUUAAUGUACAUGUCUAUUUAAAAACAGAAAAUAGAGAAUGAGAAUUUUAGCAAUAUUUCCUGAUAUCAAUUCAUUGACUUUAAUUUAUUGGUAAGCUAAUAUAGUAUAUGUAAGUACAUAUGUACAUACAUACAUAUGUACAUUUCAAAAGUGGAAAUAUGCUUUUACCUAUGUGCAGGGUGUGGAUAUCUACAAAUGCGGUCACGCAUUGUAUACUUUUUUGAACGAAUAAAUAUUUACACAAUACGUACGUACAAUACCUACGUAAAUACUACAUACAUUUCAGUAUGCAAUCUCAACAGCAAGGAUGCGAUACAAAUCUAUUAAAAACUAUCGUCCGUACUUAAUUAAAACUGCAUACAUACUCACAUGAAGGACUUACCAAAAAAAUAUUCCUACCCAUCUUAAUUUUGGAUGUGUUCUUAUACAUGGGAAACUUUACAUAAAAUAUAAUCAUCUAAACCAGAUUGCCAAUUUAAAUCCGAUAAAAAUGCACCUGCUGUGGCUCAUCAGUAUUAUAGGAUUAUCUCUGUUACAUCUACAGCUCAGCCAUUGCAAUGAUCUUGAAUUAUUGGGUAUCAGCGUGAGUGGGAGUAAAAACGGAAACAUGGUUGGAAAUAGUGGUAUAUUUAAUAGCAAUCUGGCUACAAAUGGGCAUGAUCUUACUGGAAUGAAUAUGAACAAUAGCAUGCUGAGCACAAUUUUGAGUGGCGGCGGAACCACGAGCAAAGCCAUAACCACUCGUACUAGUUUUGGUGAAACCAUUAUAGGAAGCGCUGCAAAUUUUGAAGCGGAUCGAGGAGGUGUCAAAAUAGGUGAUAGUGGCUUGCCAUCAGCAACAGUUCCUGAACUAAUCAAUGGCCAAGAUGGAAUUCCCACUGGUCCAUAUAGAGGGCUUAAGCAUACAAAAGCACAUGGCCAACAGUAUGGUCAUGCAUUAGCUGGAUUGGCCAAUUUGGGAAUUAUUAUACCUAGUAAAAAAGAAGCAAACGGUGGAGAUUAUGCACGCACAGUAGAAAGCUUAGGACGUAAAAUCUAUACAAAAGGGGACUAUGAUAACACCCCAAUGGGCACUACGAAUAUUAGCGGUAGUAACGGGGGACAGAGUACAUACCUGGAACAUUUUAUAUCGGAACACACUGUAAUGGCAGUAUUUACGUCACAAGGUCAAGUGGGCGGUCCAUGUCUUUACAUGCCUGCUACACGGCGUCAAAACCACCAAUGUCGAAAAGAAUUUGGUCUUCCAAAUGCGUUAUUUGAAGCUCGCCGACUAGCCACCUCCCACUGUGAGAGUCAAUUUCGAUACGACCGAUGGAAUUGUUCCAUUGAAACCCGAGGCAAGCGUAACAUUUUUAAAAAGCUUUACAAAGAAACAGCAUUCGUGCAUGCUCUAACUGCCGCAGCUCUAACACACACUAUCGCACGAGCUUGUGCUGAAGGACGCAUGACCAAAUGUAUUUGUGGCCCACGAAAGCAGAAUAGGAUAGAUCAAGACUUUCAAUGGGGAGGAUGUAAUGAUAAUUUGAAACACGGUAAAAGGGUGACGAGAAGCUUUCUCAAUUUGCGUGACAGUGAUGAAGAUGAAGUGUCUGAAAUUUUGCGGCACGACUCCGAGGUCGGUAUAGAAGCAGUAUCUAUGCUAAUGAAAGAUAAAUGCAAAUGCCAUGGAGUUUCCGGUUCUUGCUCGAUGAAAACCUGUUGGAAAAAAUUAUCUGAAUUCAAUGCAACAUCAACACUACUACGACAAAAGUACAAUGAAGCCAUCAGAAAGGCUCCUAACUCGCGCACAAUACGACGGGACGUACCCAUGAAUCGGUUAAAACGGUUGAGGCAGAAAAAAAAAAAACAAUCACAAUACACCACGUUAUAUUAUUUGGAAACCUCGCCAACUUAUUGCUCGGUCACAAGAGACCGUCAGUGCUUACAUCCGGACAACUGUGCAAAUCUGUGCUGUGGACGGGGAUACACGACGCAUGUUUUUAAGCAGGUUGAAAAGUGUCGCUGCCGCUUUAAUAACGGACGAUGUUGCCAACUUAUUUGCGAUUAUUGCCAACGUUUUGAGGACAAAUACUUUUGUAAAUAAAUUUUUUUUUUUAGUUUUCUUUUUUAGUUCAUGAAUAUAUACAACAUAUUAGAUGUGCUCAUAAACCUGACAGUUUUUAUUUAUUAUCACAAAUAUAGCGAUAUUACGUUUGUAUACUCAAAAAUUCGCAAGGAGAAGGAAAUUUAUGUAACGCUUGGCUUGAAGACUUUUAUUUUGUACAAAUUUUUAGUUGCUUACAUGCAUCUGUAAACAAAACAAAAGAAUUAUUUCAUUUCAAGAAACAAGACAAUCGAAUUAUACUUGCAAGUUUAUUUUUAAAUAUACGUUCACGAAAAACGAAAUGAAAAUGAAAUAAUAAUAUUAUAUGUAUGUAGAUAUUUUUUAUAUUUGAAAAGUACUGUUAAAAAAAAAAAAUCAGAAAUGCGUAAAUCGGAUUAUAUAAAAGUAAUAAUAUCUCAUUCUAAGCAGAAUUAACAUUUAAUUGUAAGUAUAUGUAUUAUAUAAAAAAACAAACAUUAUGCUAAAAAAAAUUCGGCAUUAAAAAUAAUCUAAAUAAUCAUAAACACUAACAGGUCAAACAGUCAAUGGAAGUCGAUAAGUACAUUAGUAUGAGCAUAUAUUUCGCGAUAGCAUUGCCAUAAACAAAAGCUUUUUAAACAUUUUAUAUUUAUUUCAUAAAAAAUAAAAUACAAUUUCUGCACUAAACUUUCUCCUGUUUAAAAUUUUCACAGCGGUAUGCUAAAAGUAUAGUGUCCCAAAUUAUCGUGGGUAUGAGUCCUAUUUAACAAAGGCGUGAUGAAUGAUAUUUUGACACCUAAUGACGUUGUUAAGGGGAUAACUUUUUCGAAAA